CAGGGAGACCCGGGCCCUCGGGCGGAAGCGGCGGGAUCCGACGGCCUUCCGAGGCCAGAGUGGGCUUCGUCGGGGUUUGCAUGGUGGACUCGCGGUCGGCGCUGCCGCCUCUGCCCACCUCCUCCACACCCUGCUCUGGGCCGCCAUGAAGGACUCGCUGGUGCUGCUGGGUCGCGUCCCGGCACACCCUGACUCCCGUUGCUGGUUCUUGGCCUGGAACCCCGCGGGAACCCUGCUGGCGUCGUGCGGUGGUGACCGUAGAGUCCGCAUCUGGGGCACGGAAGGUGACAGCUGGAUCUGCAAAUCUGUCCUUUCUGAAGGCCACCAGCGCACUGUGCGGAAGGUGGCGUGGUCUCCCUGUGGCAAUUACCUGGCCUCUGCCAGUUUCGAUGCUACCACUUGCAUUUGGAAAAAGAACCAGGAUGACUUUGAGUGUGUAACUACUCUGGAGGGCCAUGAAAAUGAGGUCAAGUCAGUGGCCUGGGCCCCUUCUGGCAACCUCCUUGCCACCUGCAGCCGAGAUAAGAGUGUGUGGGUCUGGGAAGUUGAUGAAGAAGAUGAGUAUGAAUGUGUCAGUGUCCUCAACUCUCAUACACAGGAUGUCAAGCAUGUGGUUUGGCACCCAAGCCAGGAGCUGUUAGCCUCUGCAAGCUAUGAUGACACAGUGAAGCUCUACCGGGAGGAGGAGGAUGACUGGGUGUGCUGUGCCACCCUCGAAGGCCAUGAAUCCACUGUGUGGAGCUUAGCCUUUGACCCCAGUGGCCAGCGCUUGGCAUCUUGCAGUGAUGACCGUACUGUGCGUAUCUGGCGACAGUAUCCACCGGACAACGAGCAAGGGGUGGCAUGCAGCGGCUCUGACCCCAGCUGGAAAUGUAUCUGCACUUUGUCAGGCUUCCACUCCAGGACCAUUUACGACGUUGCGUGGUGUCAGCUGACAGGGGCCCUGGCUACAGCUUGUGGGGAUGAUGCCAUCCGUGUGUUUGAGGAGGAUCCCAGCUCAGAUCCACAGCAGCCCACCUUCUCCCUGACAGCCCACUUGCCUCAGGCCCAUUCCCAGGAUGUCAACUGUGUGGCCUGGAACCCUAAGGAGCAGGGGCUUCUGGCCUCCUGCAGUGAUGACGGGGAGGUGGCCUUCUGGAAGUAUCAGCGACCAGAAGGCAUGUGAGCCACCUUGACUUUGGACAGAAUCAUGGUUUCCCAGAAAACGUCCUAAGACUUUCCCAGCCCCAAGGGGACCUGGAAGGAGCAUCCUUGACCUUCGUCUAACUUGGCUCUCUUCCAUUCAGACUUGGGUAGAAGUGCAGAGCCACAGAACCACUCACUCUUCCCCUCCUUUGACAUGGGGCCCUUGGUAAAGAGCUACAGAACAUCAGUGCGUUGUGGUUAUGACACAGAUUUUGCUUGCUUGCGGGCACAGUGUUCAAUUUUGAGGGGUGCAUAUAGUAUUUAUAGUCACCAUAUCUCUGUGUAGAAGGGGUACAUCUUAGGCUUUUCAGAAAUAGGAAGCUUUCUAGAAAUAGGUCAUCUGAGUCCCAAGUCCUAUUUCAUAAGGACAUUCACAACUUAAAAGAAUUCCAU